ACGGCACGAUGGUCGCGCAAGAAUGUGAUACAGCUUCGACGGCCGCCAUUUUCUUUCUUUCUUAGCUGUUAGCUGAGAGGAAGUCUCUGAACGGGCGGCAGCGGCUAGCGUAGUGUAACCAUGGCAGACUAUUCAACAGUGCCUCCACCGUCUUCUGGCUCAGCUGGUGGCGGCGGUGGCGGCGGUGGUGGUGGAGGAGUUAACGACGCUUUCAAAGAUGCACUGCAGAGAGCCCGGCAGAUUGCAGCAAAAAUUGGAGGUGAUGCUGGGACAUCACUGAAUUCAAAUGACUAUGGUUACGGGGGACAAAAAAGACCUUUAGAAGAUGGAGAUGGCUCUUGGACAAGUCCGAGCAGUACAACACACUGGGAGGGAAUGCCCUCUCCUUUUAAAGAUCAACCAGAUGCUAAGAAAGUUGCUCCUCAAAAUGACUCUUUUGGAACACAGUUACCACCGAUGCAUCAGCAGCAAAGCAGAUCUGUAAUGACAGAAGAAUACAAAGUUCCAGAUGGAAUGGUUGGAUUUAUAAUUGGCAGAGGAGGUGAACAGAUCUCACGCAUACAACAGGAAUCUGGAUGCAAAAUACAGAUAGCUCCUGACAGUGGUGGCCUUCCAGAAAGGUCCUGUAUGUUAACUGGAACACCUGAAUCUGUCCAGUCAGCAAAACGGUUACUGGACCAGAUUGUUGAAAAAGGAAGACCAGCUCCUGGCUUCCAUCAUGGCGAUGGACCGGGAAAUGCAGUUCAAGAAAUCAUGAUUCCUGCUAGCAAGGCAGGAUUAGUCAUUGGAAAGGGGGGAGAAACUAUUAAACAGCUUCAGGAACGGGCGGGAGUUAAAAUGGUUAUGAUUCAAGACGGGCCGCAAAACACUGGUGCUGACAAACCUCUUAGGAUUACAGGAGACCCAUAUAAAGUUCAACAAGCCAAGGAGAUGGUGUUAGAGUUAAUUCGUGAUCAAGGUGGUUUCAGAGAAGUUCGGAAUGAGUAUGGGUCAAGAAUAGGAGGAAAUGAAGGGAUAGAUGUCCCCAUUCCAAGAUUUGCUGUUGGCAUUGUAAUAGGAAGAAACGGAGAGAUGAUCAAAAAAAUACAAAAUGAUGCUGGUGUUCGAAUUCAGUUUAAGCCAGAUGAUGGGACAACACCUGAGAGGAUAGCACAAAUAACAGGACCUCCAGACCGAUGUCAACAUGCUGCAGAAAUUAUUACAGACCUUCUUCGAAGUGUUCAGGCUGGUAAUCCUGGUGGACCUGGACCUGGUGGUCGAGGAAGAGGUAGAGGUCAAGGCAACUGGAACAUGGGACCACCUGGUGGACUACAGGAAUUUAAUUUUAUUGUGCCAACUGGGAAAACUGGAUUAAUAAUAGGAAAAGGAGGUGAAACCAUAAAAAGCAUAAGCCAACAGUCUGGUGCAAGAAUAGAGCUUCAGAGAAAUCCUCCACCAAAUGCAGAUCCUAAUAUGAAGUUAUUUACAAUUCGUGGCACUCCACAACAGAUAGAUUAUGCUCGGCAACUCAUAGAAGAAAAGAUUGGUGGCCCAGUAAAUCCUUUAGGGCCACCUGUACCCCAUGGGCCCCAUGGCGUCCCAGGCCCCCAUGGACCUCCUGGGCCUCCAGGGCCUGGAACUCCAAUGGGACCAUAUAACCCUGCACCUUAUAAUCCUGGACCACCAGGCCCAGCUCCUCAUGGUCCUCCAGCCCCAUACGCUCCCCAGGGAUGGGGAAAUGCAUAUCCACACUGGCAGCAGCAGGCUCCUCCUGAUCCAGCUAAGGCAGGAACGGAUCCAAAUUCAGCAGCUUGGGCUGCUUAUUAUGCUCACUAUUAUCAACAGCAAGCACAGCCACCACCAGCAGCCCCUGCAGGUGCACCAACUACAACUCAAACUAAUGGACAAGGAGAUCAGCAGAAUCCAGCCCCAGCUGGACAGGUUGAUUAUACCAAGGCUUGGGAAGAGUACUACAAGAAAAUGGGUCAAGCAGUUCCUGCUCCGACUGGGGCUCCUCCAGGUGGUCAGCCAGAUUAUAGUGCAGCCUGGGCUGAGUAUUAUAGACAACAAGCAGCCUAUUAUGCCCAGACAAGUCCCCAGGGAAUGCCACAGCAUCCUCCAGCACCUCAGUGCAGGUUUGAUCCAGCCAGUAUAGAACUAGCUCUGUAGGGGUGAGGAGGACUGUGCUGUGUAUCAUCCUUGAUUGUGUUCCUUCAAGGAGCAUUGCACUGUAAGUACAUCAGAAUGACAAAUUGAUGAACUGCAACAGUAUCUUUUUGUCAAUGUUCCACAUAAUGCAAAUGCCAUACUUUGUGUGAAUAUUAUGUUGGAAUACAGUGCUGAUAUCUUGGAAAACCAUAACUGCUUCUUAAUUUAACAUAGAAUAAUACAUAGUUCUGUAUUUUUUUUAAAGUGAGCUUAAUGGGUAAGUAUUUUUUAUAUGCUUUAGCUAUAGCUAAAGAAAACUGAUACUUAACAAAGUUGAAUAGUAUUAUUCACUGGUGCUCCUGAAAUAUUGUUUUUCAGUGUAAAAUAUGCAUAUAUUCUAUAUUUAAUAUGAAAGUCUUGAAAUGUAUCAGAAGGGGAUUUCAGUUUGCAAAUAAUGAGCAAUGUAGCAAUUUUAACACAUUUCAUAAAUAUAUAUUUUGUCAUUUGUGGGGAGCACCAUUUGUUGUUUUGAAUAUACUUUAAAGGAAGAGGUACAAGGACAUAAAUGUUGAGAUUACCUACAGGAUGGAAAUAGCAGUACAGUUCAUUAUAGAUAUUUUGAAAUGUUUUUGAUUGUUUUAUAUAACCUAGAGUGACUUCCCUUACCCUUAUUUAGAUCUGGAUAUAUAGUUCUAGUUUGAAGUUUAAUAGUUAAGGAGUUAGCUAUUUGUUAUCUUUAAGAGUAGGGUAUUGACGUGAGCAAUUGCAGUAUUUUGCAUGAUACUGUUUUAUAGAUGACCUUUUAGGAAAGUGGUGCAUUUAUUAAUUGAACUGAAGAAGUAGUUCAGUUGAAUUCAGUAUCAUAACUCACAAAUUGGAGGCUGUUGAUUUUGAUUCAUUUAAGGUUUAAAAUCUUUAUUAAUUGCAAACAGUGCAAUUAUUUAUACUUCACAGUGCCUUCCCAGACCUUCCACCUUAGGUUCUGCUGCAAAAAGCACCAGGUAAGCACAACCUAAGGACAUAUAUAAAUAAAUAUUUCAGUACAUUAAUGUUGUCCCUGUGAGGUUUUUGUGGUUGUGUAUUCAAAGGCAAUCUGCUACUGCUUCCCCAAAAUGUAUUUUGUUAUUUUAUGCUACCAUCUUAGUGGAAAGUCUGUAAGUUGUUAAAGCAACUGUUUACAUUUCUGGGUAAUGUUUUUUAUUUUACUUUUUUUUUUUUUUAUUAAGACAAGAAAAUGAUGAGUAGAUUGCUGCAGUAAUUGAUCUACAUCCAAAUCUUUUUGUAUUUUUUCCCCAAAUAUAGAAGUGUUAAGAUUAAGAAAGGACAAUUACACAGUUUUCAAGAUUUAGGAAAUCACUUGUUCAGAAACUUCAACAGCCUUCACAAUCUGUUUUAUAUGAUGGACAGAAAAUUUCUUUGCCCUCCAAAACUAUAAUUUCUUUAUUUUUUUCUUAAACUAUAAUAAUUCAGUAAGGAUAUUAUGGGUUACAAUUUUAUUAUGUUUUUUUCUGAGACAAAAGUUAUAUGCUGAAAAAGGAAAAAGUUAUAAGGCAGUAUGUUUUGAUAAAAGGCAUGUGCAUCAGUGAAAUGUUAACUGUACAGCAAAUAACCUUUCAUAAUCUGUAGCAAUCAGUAUUUUUCUGAUUUAAUAAUAUUUUAAUAACUGACGCUGCAUUUAUAUAAUUUUUUUGCCAGUUUAAAAUGUUUGUGUGUUUUUAUAGAUGAUUUUAACUGGUACAUAUUUUGAGUUAAGAUGAAUGUAUGAAAGCAGCAUCUUAUCAGUUUUGUUUAUUCAAUUUCUAAAAUGUGCUGAUCCUUUUAAAACUCCUGCUUAUCUCUGCAACAAAGAAAAAUAUUCAAAAAUACUGCCUUCAUUUUCACACACAGUGCUGAAGAUGCUGCAAGCACCAAAUCAUAGCUCAUAAAAUCAGGUCCUGAGAUAGUUACCCAUAAAGAGGAAUCCUUUGAGUGUAUGCCAUUGGUGAGCCGAUGAGCAUGGACCAUAGAAGGGCUCAAUGUAGAAGGUAAAAUUGGCAAAUCAUAAUUGAGAAAUAUGAAAUGUAUUCCCAUACAUAAUAUGGUAUAGGGUGUAAUGUACCUGCUUUUGAUCACUUUUCAUUUUAAAGUGCUAUUCACUUGAUCUUAAAUGUUCCAUGAACUGUUAAAUUUCUUAAGUUACAUAGUUAUUACACCACAUUUAUGUGUAUGUUAUGUUUUAAUAGUCAAUGAUAGGUAUGUAAAUAUAAAGGGACUCAUUGAAACUUGAGAGCCUGUCGAGUUUUGGUUAGUUGUAGAUUGCAUUUUUAUUAAAAAAAUAUAGAUAGAUGAAUGAUAAUAGAUAUUGGGGCACUGUUUCUGUCUCAUGAGAAUUCUUUUAUUCAUUACCAUAAGCCUUCACUGAUAAUAUAAGCAUUAUUUUAAAUGACGCUGGUCUUAAAUCUGAAAUAAAUGGAAAGCAGAAAAGGUGAGCCAGUUGAUUUGAAUGCAUUGGAUAUUAGUGUUAGAAACAAUGUAUAGUUUAGAUUGAAAUUGAACUGACUUUAUUUAGCACUUAAACAAAAAUUUGACAAUGUUUUUGGUUUUUUUUUAAGACAGCUUAGUGUGGUGAUACUUAGAAUUCUAUGGUUUGAUGUUUCUUUUAGAAAUGAGAAGUAUAGUUUUAUUUUUUAAUAUCAAAAAUGGUUUUAAUACUAAAACUAGUAAUUUAAUACUAGUUGUUUAUAAACAUUGUAAAAUAUAUCUUUUAAACAAAUUAUCUUAGUAGUUAAUUCAUAAGGGUGGUUUUGGGUAGGAAUAGCAGAGUACCUUCAGAGGGAAAGGGGAGUAAUUCAGAAGUGAUAGCAUUUUAUUUGUUUGAAUACUCUGCCAGUAAAAUCAGCUCUACUUAGAAAGUUAUCUGUUGUGUAGAAUAAUGAUGUAGAGUUUACUAAUCAGUGAGGAUGUCUUGUUUUUAUUUUCUGCAAACUCUGCCUCACUUUAAAAUGCAUUUUAACAAUACCUAAUUAAAAAUAAUUUUGGUUCUGAAAAUAACCUUAUUUUUUGUUGAGUUAGUGACUUCAUUUUUCUUGUCACAAUAUAAGCUUUUGAGGGAUUUUUUUAAAUUGGUGCUUUUAAUAAGCAAAUCCCAGGGUUUUAUUUUCUUCAGUGAUACCCCUCUUAAAUGUAUUUGCACAUAUAUAUAUAUUUUUUCUUAUGCAUGCUCGAUGCAUUUUCGUCCUGAGAAAAAUGUUCUCUACAGAAACUACCCGUGUGUAAAAAGAAGAUUGGCUUAAAAUGGCUACUGUGAUGGGAACAGUGUCUUAGGGAGAUGCAGCUUGGACUUGAGGUAAAUUGAAUACUUUACAAACUGUGGUUUAGAGUUUGCUUUAAUGACAUUGUAUGUAAAAGGUCACAUGAUAGCUGUAAUUUUGUAUUCAUUAUGGUUUCCUCAAUAAAUAAAUGUACAUUGAUGAAUAUUA